ACAAAGGAAACAUAAUUAUAAAAAUUAAAAUGAGAGUAGCACUACUGUUAGCUUUUCCUGCUUAUAUAAGCCAUAUUAGGAUCCCAAUUCCCAAAACAAAUUAGUCAAAACCUCCAACUACUCAAGAAGAAGAAAUUAAGACCAAUAGUUAUAAUACUUAAUUAAUUACUAUGAUGAUGUACUACUUAGUUGUUGUGACAGUAGUUUACCUCAGCAUAAUUGAUAAGCUUAGUGGUCGAUCAAUUGAGUUGCCACAGUACAAAAUUGUCUAUUCUGAAUCAGAUUUUGAGGUCAGACUCUACCCAGAAUGUUCAUGGAUGUCAGCUUUAGUUACACUACCAACUAAUUCAUUCCAAAACUCAACCAAACAAGGCUUUCACAGGUUGUAUCAGUACAUACAUGGAGCUAAUCUUAACUCAACCAAAAUUCCAAUAAGUGCUCCUAUCUUAACAACUAUUAUUAUUAAUAAUAAUAAUUCAUCAGUACAAGGGUUGGACUAUUAUGUAAGGCUUUAUUUAUCUACUAAAUAUGAUAAAGCAACUCCAAAGCCCUUACAAGAUCUGAAUCUGAAGCUUAAUAAGUGGAAAAGUCAUUGCAUAGCCAUAAGAAAGUUUUCUGGGUUUGCUGAGGAUGAUAACAUUGAUAAAGAAGUUGAAUCACUUAAGAACAGCCUUAAUAAAUCUCAUCAAGUACUGACCAUGGUGGAUAAUAAGAAUAGUAGUAGUAGUGGUAGUAAUUCCUACACCAUUGCUCAGUACAAUUCUUCUCACCAUCAUAGUGGAAUUACUGGUAGAUUGAAUGAAGUUUGGAUUAAUGUUGUUUCAGGUUUUACUGCUCAAGGAUGCCCUUUUUAUCAAGAGGAAUAAAUGUACUUGCUUUUAUUAGCCUUGCUAUUAUUGACUAUGUUAAUUAGGUAAAUAAAUGGAGUAAGGAAAGUGUUUUAGUAAUGCCUAUGAGUAAUUGAUAAUUUUACUGUUGGAGUCUAAGAAAGAUUUUUAUAAGUAUAA